AUGAUUUGUUGUAUAAAGAAUUUAAAAAAAAUCUUUUGUUAUCUUUAGUAGGGUAAUUUGGUUGUCGACACUGGGACUUCCCAAGCGGUCCCCCACCUUAGUACUAACCCAGCCUUAAGGCGCUUAACUUCGGAGUUCGAAUGGGAUCCGGUGUUUUCACCUUAGUAUGGCCGACAACAAAAUUAAUUGCAAACAAUAUAUAUUUAUUAUGAUUAAAAAGACUACUUUUAAGUUGUCGACACUGGGACUUCCCAAGCGGUCCCCCACCUUAGUACUAACCCAGCCUUAAGGCGCUUAACUUCGGAGUUCGAAUGGGAUCCGGUGUUUUCACCUUAGUAUGGCCGACAACAAAAUUAAUGA